AUGCCGGGUUGUACACGUGGCAGGAGUUCAGUGGACGAUGUGGUGCGCGCUGACUUGGCGCGUGUGAAGGACAACCUGCCGCUGGAAUGGAAGAGCCACGUGGAGGAGCACAUUCUCGACGGCGCCGCGUUCGGCACCAUUCAGAACCAUCCACGUGUCAGCUGGGCAGAGCACCGCGCUCCCGAGAACGGUGGCCGCGUUUUCGUGGUGCUGUACGGCAGCAUUGACAACGAGGACGAGGUGCGCGAGCUGUACAGCCUGCCCAAGCCCGACCGCCCCGACCCGCUGCUCGCGUUCUCCGCCUCCUCCGCGCUGCUGCUCGCCGAGCUCUACUGGAAGGGCUUUUCAGACGCGUACGGCGACUACUCGUCGCAGCCCCAGACAUGCCUCGCCUCGCUGCAGGGCUCAUGGGCCUUCUGUCUGUUUGACGACGCCAGUCAGUACGUGCUGGCUGCCAGGGACCCCCACCACGGCGCACCGCUCUUCUGGGCUUCCGUGCAGCAAGCCGACUUGCUCUUUUGCACGUGGAGCGCUGCUCCCAGUUCCAUCCCAGAAAAUGCCUCACACCCCGCUGCCGAAGCCACCGAUGCCGCUGCCGAUGCUGCUGCUGCCCCUGACGCUCCUGACGCGCCGGAUGCUCCUUUUGCCCUUCCUCCUCCUCCUCUCACUGCUGCUGCUGCUGCGGGUGUGUCGUCCACUGCCCAUGGGCUAGAGCUCCGCGAGUUCCCGGCAGGGUUUUUCUACGAGAAGAAGUGGGACGAGACCAUCGGCUCCUUGCACAGCUACAUGGAGGGGGAGGAGACGGAGGAGAUGGAUGUGAGCGUGCCCAUGCCCUGUGCCGCCAUGUUCCGGGUCAGCAGUGGGAGCGACCUAGCAGGACCCAAGCCAGGAAGUUUCGCCAUCCUCUUUUCUCUCCUUUCCUGUUCUCCUCCCCCCUUUUCGCCCCUCUCUUGCCCAUUCUCCUCCGUUCUCCCUGCUCUCGUUCUUUCCAUCCCCUUCCUCCCCCCACCUCACCCCUCCCCCUCUCCACCCCCCUUCUCCUCUCCCCCCCAACCCCCUCCCCUUUUAUCCCCCCAAUCCCUUCCUGCUCGAUUUCCACCUCUUACCCCCCCUCCCCCCCCCAUCUCCCCCCCAUGUCCCUCCUCCUCCCCACCGUUCCCCCCCUCUUCCUCCCUCCCCCCCUCCUCCGCACCGUACCCUCUCCACCAGUACAAAUUCAUUGUGGACGGAGAGUGGCGGCACGACGAAUCCCAGCCGUUCAUGCCCGAUCCCCUCGGCAACGUCAACAACUGGCUGCUCGUGCGUGAUUCCGACCCCAACGCCCAUCUCACCCCACCAUCCGCCGCCACUGCCACUGCCGCCUCCCCUGCCGCCACCGGACCUGCCGGCUUGGCCGGACCUGCGCCAGGCGCGGGAGAGCGUGGGGGGGUGGGGGAAGCAGGCGCGGGCGGGGGAGGUGGGGGAGGAGGAGGGGGAGCGGGCGGAGGAGGCGGGGGAGGAGGGGGUGUUGUGGGCGGGGUGGGGUUCGGGAUAGGAGUGGGCGCUCAUAUGGAUGUUGAUGGGGUUGAAGUCACAACAUCACACCCACAGCACCAUCUCUUGACAGGAGCAGGGCACCAGCACCACCACCACCCAGGCGCUGGGGCAGCAGGGGGAGGAGGAGGCGCGGGAGGAGGCGGAGGAGGAGGCGGGCACUCGCACCAGCACUCACACUCGCACAGCCACGCGCACCAUGGGAUUGGGCUUGGUCCGUCAGCAGUGACAGCAUCCCAGCACACCCCUGCACACAUAGACUCGCACAGCCACACCCAGCAAGCGGCCUCGCAGGCAGCGCAGCAGCAGGGGGGCGCGGGGGGGGGUGGGGUGGGGGGGCUGGUAGGGGGGGAACCAGGGAGAAUGGUCACCGGGGCGAUGGUAGCAGGGGGGGUGGCGGGGGCGGGGGCGGGGGGAGCGGUGGUGGGGGGGUUGGGGGGAGCGGGGCUGGUGCUGGCGGAUUCGAUGGGGGCGGUGUCAGCAGCGGAUGCGGAGUCGUCUCGGCAGCGGUUUGUGGACUUUCUGCAGAGGCACAAGGCGUAUGAGCUGCUGCCUGAGUCAGGCAAGGUGGUGGCACUAGACGUGGCUCUCCCAGUGAAGCAGGCCUUCCACGCCCUCUACGAACAGGGCGUGCCAGCAGCGCCGCUGUGGGACUCAGAGAGGCAGGAGUUCGUGGGCAUGCUCAGCGCCUCUGACUUCAUCUCCAUCCUCACCCAGCUGCACUGCAACAGCGCAUCGCUGAGCGAGGAGGAGCUGGAGACGCACACCAUAGCGGCCUGGAAGGAGGAGAAGCUCGCCCUCGCCACGCCCCUCGACGCCCCCCACACGCCCGCACGCCGCCCCCUUAUCUAUGUUGGACCGGACGAGACACUGAGGAAGGUAGCGGAGGUGCUGCUAACGAGGGGUCUCGCCAUGGUCCCUGUGCUCUACUACCCCGAAGCCCGCACCUCCUCCUCUGCCGCUGCUGCUGCCUCUGCCAACGCUGCUUCUGCUUCUGCGUGGCAAAGCACUUCCGGCACGUGGCAGGGUCGCUGCCGCUGCUCUCACAGCCGCUGGGAGCGCUACCCAUCGGCACAUGGGCGGCAGAGAGUGGGCGCCCCAACACGCGCCCUAUUGUGGUGCUUCAGACGUCCAUGUCGCUCUUUGCUGCGCUCUCGCUGCUGCUGCAAGGUGCCUGCCUCCUCCUCCCCUCCUGCCGCCACUGCUGCUGCUGCUGCUGAUUCUGCUGCUGCUGCUGCUGCUGCUGCUGCUGCUGCUGCUGCUGCUGCUGCUGCUGCUGCUGCUGCUGCUGCUGCUGCUGCUGCUGCUGCUGCUGCUGCUGCUGCUGCUGCUGCUGCUGCUGCUGCUGCUGCUGCUGCUGCUGCUGCUGCUGCUGCUGCUGCUGCUGCUGCUGCUGCUGCUGCUGCUGCUGCUGCUGUUCACGCUUUACCCACGGGAGUGUCAUCUUUGCCAGUUGUGGAUGAGAGCGGGGCUCUUAUCGACAUCUACGCGCGAAGGUAUUCACCCCACCCCACCACCUCGCCCUCCCUUCCUCCCUCCCUCCCUCCCUCCCUCCCUCCCUCCCUCCCUCCCUCCCUCCCUCCCUCCCUCCCUCCCUCCCGCGCUUCCAUUCUCCCUGCUGCACCCGCCAAGGAUCAUAUGUAUGCACGGCUCAACAUUGAUGAGUUCACUGUCGGCCAGGCCCUGCAAUACCGGCAGGAUGCAGGGGCGGUAGGGGCGGCAGCAGCGGGCGGCACGCGGUGUCACAUGUGCCUGCAGUCUGACAGCCUGCGAGUGGUGGUGGAGCGAUUGGCCAUGCCAGGGGUGCGCCGGCUUGUGUGUGUGGAGGCGGGCAGUCGGAGAAUUCAAGGAAUCGUCUCCCUCAGCGAUCUCUUUCACUUCCUCCUCUCUUAA